CUGGAGCAGCUUCGCGGGCACCCUGCACCAUGGCAGAGCCUUCGCUGCCCCUCUCCUUCCUCUGCCUCCUGGCCUUGUCCUCCGCCUGCUACAUCCAGAACUGCCCCCGGGGCGGGAAGCGGGCGCUGGCCGACGCAGCUCUCCGACAGUGCAUGCCCUGCGGUCCCGGCAACAGAGGGAACUGCUUCGGGCCCGGCAUCUGCUGCGGCGCGGAGCUGGGCUGCUACCUGGGCACGGCGGAGACGCGGCGCUGCGCCGAGGAGGAUUACCUGCCCUCGCCCUGCCAGGCCGGCGGGCAGCCCUGCGGCGCCGGGGGCCGCUGCGCCGCGCCCGGCAUCUGCUGCACCGCCGAGACGUGCGCCAUGGACAGCGGCUGCCUGGACGAGGGCAGCGACGGCGCUCAGGAGGCGGCGGAGGAGAAGAACCUGACGGUGCUGGAUGGCUCGGCCGGAGAUCUGCUCCUCAAGCUCAUGCACUUGGCAAACCGGCAGCAGCAGCAGCAGGGCAAGCACCCCCUGCUCUGAGCCAGGGCGUGGGGAGUCCCCCCUACCCUGAGCGACCCCCCCACCUCGGCUCUGUACAUAGGAGACCCAAUAAAAGCCCUCGUGCACUGUG